AUGCAUCAGAUAGUAGAACAAUUUUUGAAAUUGAAACCACCAAAGUUUGAAGGAAUAGGGGAUCCGGAGGCUGCUUCUAAAUUGGUUGAGGAGUUGGAAAAAGCAUUUGCAUUAUUGGGGUGUACUGAGGCAGAGAAAGUGACGCUGGCAGUGUACCAGCUUCAGGAGAAAGUGACGCUGGCAGUGUACCAGCUUCAGGGUAAUGCGAACGACUGGUGGAAAGCCACACAAGGCCGAGUGUUCCCAGCAGGUGUGGAACAAAAUUGGACGGCCUUCGUUCAGGCUUUUAAUGAGAAGUAUUUCUCGGUAAGUGCCCGAGAAAGAAAGAUGACAGCUUUUCUUAGGUUGCAGCAGAACCAAAUGACCGUUGAUCAAUACGAGGCAGAAUUUGUCAGGCUGUCUAAGUCUGCGCCAAGAAUGGUAGACCAUCCUGAGGAUAAGGCGCAAAGGUUUCGGGAUGGACCGAAGGCUGAUAUUCGUAGUUAA